GCAGCGCUCCACUUUCGGUCUUGGUGUCUCCUAUAUCGCCAUAUCGGCCUCUUCUCCUCCCUCUCCUCACCGAAGAGAGAUCUGGGAGAUCGGAAGCUAGAGCCGCCGCACUAUCCGGUGCUCUCAGGGUAGGGCGAGCUAGUUGCGCAGCUAUUGCCAGUAGAAUUUGGGCGUUGCUCGCGGGGAGAGGGACUGGUAGUGCUGCCGCGGAGAUGAGCUACGGAAGCAGCUCGAUUGCUUCAGGUGCAAAGACUGCUACGAGGACAUUUGACUUCGGAAGGACCCAUGUGGUCAGACCCAAGGGGAGGCACCUCGCUACUGUUGUGUGGCUUCAUGGCCUAGGUGAUAACGGAGCAAGCUGGUCCCAACUCCUGGAAACCCUCCCUCUCCCAAAUAUUAAGUGGAUAUGCCCGACUGCUCCUACCAGGCCUGUAGCAAUUUUUGGAGGAUUUCCUUCUACUUCUUGGUUUGAUGUCACGGAUCUGUCAGAGGAUGGCCCUGAUGACGUUGAAGGACUGGAUGCAUCAGCUGCUCAUGUUGCAAAUUUGUUAACAACGGAGCCUGCCGAUAUCAAACUUGGUGUUGGUGGAUUUAGUAUGGGUGCUGCAACUGCCCUGUAUUCUGCAACUUCUUGUGCUCAUGGAACAUACGGAAAUGGCAAGCCAUACCCUGUCAAUCUAAGUUCUGUUGUUGGUCUAAGCGGCUGGCUUCCAUGUGCUAGGAGCUUGAAGAACAAGUUGGAAGGCUCACAAGAUGCUGCAAGACGUGCUUCAUCCUUGCCUAUUUUACUUUGCCAUGGAAAAGGAGAUGAGGUGGUGCUAUAUAAACAUGGAGAGAGAUCUGCUCAGGUUUUAAAAUCAAAUAGAUUCGACAAUGUUACUUUCAAAACAUACAAUGGGCUUGGCCACUAUACGGUCCCUGGAGAGAUGGAUGAUGUCUGCAAAUUUCUUACGGCAACGUUGGGACUCGAUGGAUCUCAUUCUUAACUAAGGAACAACCUAAUCAUUUUGCAUACUGCUGUGGAUUGAGAAGAAUAAGUGUGGUGCUAGAAUCAGUUAGAUAAUUACUUAAUUCAUAAUUUUGGUUUGGGGCUUUAUGAUAAAGCUGGAUCCAAAAUCCAGCUUCUGUUUAUUGUGCCUUAUAUUAGCAACUUGAUGGAAUUAUUAUCAGCUCUAAACAUUCAUAUUUCUGUUUCUUGUUCACAUAGUAGUUUAUUUUUGUGGAUUCAAA